CCCUCCCAAAAAAAGUUUUAGAGGAACCGGCACAACCAGAAGCAUGUCUUUAGCGUUCACAAUGAUAGAGACUCAGGAAGAGAUCAUGUUAUAUUUUAAGAAGCCACCAUGCACCAGACGGGUGCCAGCCAGCAUCGAUCCUUUAAGUUUCGCUCGUGCCACCGUCCCAGUGUAUAAGAUUUCAAAACCACAUAACAUCCUCCUGCCAUCCGGCUGUGUGUCAGUGGGAAGGGCUUAUGGUGGAGUCUCUUUACUGAAGGAUAAUGAGUGUUUCAGUCUGUCAACUGAUACUGAAAUGAGAACGUUUACAGUAUAACCGGUCUAAAGGAACGAUUGCAUCUGGGACACGGAGCAAUGACAUAACCCUGAUGAAUUUUAUAGCGACUAAACAGGGACCCUUGACCCUGGCUGCUAUCCCUGCACCAGUUGAGGUGUCCAGUAUAUCCAGGUCAGCCUCCGCAAGUCUGAAGUAUGCGUCUUUGGGGGUGCUGGUACUGCAGACCACCUCCCUGGUGCUAACCAUGCGUUACUCCCGGACGCUGCAGUCCGAGGGUCCACGAUACCUGCCGUCUUCUGCUGUUGUGUGUGCUGAAGUUCUUAAGAUUGUUACAUGCAUGCUGCUUGUCUUCAGAGACCACAGUUGGAGUGUUCGUGGUCUGAACCGUGUGCUGAAAGAAGAAAUAAUGAACAAGCCCCUGUUGACGCUAAAGUUGGCCAUUCCAUCUGGCAUCUACACCCUGCAGAACAACCUCCUUUAUGUGGCUCUGUCCAAUCUAGAUGCGGCUACUUACCAGGUUACAUAUCAACUCAAAAUUCUCACCACAGCUCUGUUCUCAGUCUCAAUGCUGGGUAAAAGACUUGGAAUUUAUCAGUGGCUCUCACUUGUCAUUCUAAUGACUGGCAUUGCACUUGUCCAGUGGCCAACUGAUGCUGCAUCAAACAGCCAGCAGAAAGAUCUGACUGCGGGUUCGCAGUUAGUGGGCCUGCUGGCUGUGCUCGUGGCCUGUUUCUCCAGCGGAUUUGCUGGCGUGUUUUUUGAAAAGAUCCUUAAAGAGACCAAGCAGAGUGUCUGGGUCCGUAAUAUCCAGCUAGGUUUGUUCGGACUUAUUUUCGGACUUGUGGGAGUGUUUGUCUAUGAUGGUGAAAGAGUGCAGGUGAACGGACUCUUUCAAGGAUACAACAUGCUGACAUGGACAGUUGUGGCUCUUCAGGCAUUGGGUGGGUUGGUCAUUGCAGCUGUCAUCAAAUAUGCAGACAAUAUCCUGAAGGGGUUCACCACAUCCAUUUCAAUCAUUCUGUCCACACUCAUCUCUUAUUUGUGGUUGGAGGAUUUUGAACCAACUAGUGUGUUCUUCCUGGGUGCUGUUCUAGUCAUCGCUGCUACAUUUCUAUAUGGUUACGAGAGAGCAACUGUUGCCAAUCCCAGUUAAGUUUAGAAGGCUGAACAGAAGAUCGAGAAUAACACAAGAUGAUCCUCAAGACUAUCUACAAAGAAGCUGUCCUUCAGCUGCAGUGCGGGAGAAUGAUAUGAGACUUUGAGGAUGCAGGAUAUGAACCAGGUGCAGAAUGGAAUAUAACAUUCAUCUAAAACUUGAAAACUGCAACUGUGUUGUGUAAUACCUUCAACCUGUAGGUUGCACAUGAUUAAUGAAUGUUUUGAUUCGAUGUCAAAGACUGCAACUGCUUUAGACCAAUCAGGUGGCAGAAUAAGAUGAAGACAUUUGAGAACUUCACUUGGCAUUCCAAAUCAUUGUUUACUUAAAAUAUAAGGGGUUUUGUGAAAGAUGUUACACUAUUAUAAUGUCCGUUGUUGUAACACUGGCAUAUUAAGAAGGGAUUAUUCUACUUGAUUGUUUGUGUCAGUCAUUUAAAAAACGACUCUGUGUCAUGUUUUUGGUAAUAAAACAUUUUGAAUGUCAAA